AUGCUAGUGGACAUGCUUGAGUUUGCUCGCACGACGCCUCGUCCCGAUAAUGUGAAUAUACUCAUCGCUUCAAAAGACAUUCCGGAUCAAGACACUGAGUUGUUCGAUGUAACGGAGGCUUUGAGAAUGAGAGGUUGCAGGGUCUUCUUUGUGGUGCCCGAUGACUCCUCGUUUCCACCUGGAGAUUCUGCAAGCUUUGUGUGGCGUUGGAAUGUUCUGCUUGAUGGAGGUUCCCCGACCGUAACCAAUACGGAUAAGGUUUCACAAGGUGCCCUGAAGGCAGUUGGUAGGACAGGCGUGUUCUGGGACGUGGAUGAUUUCCCAUUCCCCCAAUUAGGUCGCGGAAUUCGUGAGAUUGUCGAGUCUACUUUUAAGAAACAGUGUAACGAGACUGAGGUGUCAAUCAGGGUUUAUGGUGGGGAGCAUCAGUUCACGACUGAAUUUGCCGACAUGCAUAGAUCCACCUUCGUAAAGACAAGUGAUAAAUACUCGAGACUUAACAAGAUGUUAGUAAACAUUGGUUUUUGGGUUUUGGACGUUCCGAAAGGUUGUCCUCUCCCAAGAAACGUGGUGGUAGUGGCCAAAAACAUCAAGGAGAAGACUGAGUAUGUCCGUUAUCUUGAAAGUCUGAAUUCAGUAAAUUUCAGUGUUUUCGUAGUUGUCCCUGAUGAUGUCAAACCAGAAGAAGUCAAUAUUCCUUGUGUAAAGAAGGCAUGGUAUUGGAAAGACGUACAAGUCUUAGGAAAGCCUAUCCCCAAUGCCGAAUAUCGAACCCUUUUAGCUCGUGGAGAACGCAAUGAGAUACUCUUCAAUCCCGAUGAUUGUGGUGAAGUUGCCGAUGAUCCUGGUGAAGAUGACGAAGCUUUUCAUCAGUGUAUCCACUACUAG